CGAUGGGUCACUCAAAAACACAAUGAAACAACAUGCAUUAAUAUUGCCACUUUAUAUUUAUAAUAGACAAGGUCUACCUCCCCAACAUUGUUUUCAAAAUGGUUCGAUCGCCCAACCUUCAACCCAACCAAGUUGCUUUCCGUGUCCCUCCGAGCUGCAACAAAUUUGACAUUCACUCUUAUCUCACAAACAUUUACGGCGUCAAUAUACAAGAAGUACGAACCAUGAACUACGCAACAGUUCACAAAAAAGCGCGUACCGGUAAAAUGGGGGUUGCUCAAGCAGCAUACAAAAAGGCAAUCGUGACCGUCGACGCACCAUUCACUUGGCCAGCAGAACCAGAGUGGUGUGCAUUGGAACGAGAACAGUUCAAGUUGGGAUCAAAGAGCGCAGGUCGCAAGAUGAAGGGUUGGCGAUUCCGUGCACCAGAACAAGAACGGACGCGAUUGAAGGAAAUCAGUGAAGAGCUGCAUGCUCGUAUGGAGGCAGAGCAGAGUGGAAAGAAGUAAAAAAGAAAAAACACAUACACUGAUUGAAAAACGUGAAGCCCAAUUUGUACAGUAUUUCACAUAUAUAAAAGUUCGAUAGAUUCUUUUUCUCUUUUUUUUCUUAUCCUCUUGCGUUACACUUUAAAUUCGAAACGGGUACUUUAUAUGUGGAAGAUUAUAUCAAGCUUGUAUAUGGG